AUUUAAUUUAGGCCCUGUAGUCUAUACACUAGGUGCUGUUUCCCCUGCGUUAUCGACAAUGGAAUGGAUAACUUAUCGAUAAGUUAUCGUAAUUUCUAUUUAACAAUUUUACCGAGGAUAGACUAAUACACGGUACGGACGUAGUGGUGUGAAUGAUGGAUGGUGAACAUUUCGAUUUAAAUAUUUAAUAUGCCAAAGUACAAAGUUUCGGAUAACACUCGAUUGAAUUCGUUUGUAAAUCAUUUUAGCAAAGAAAUUUUUUCAUCCGACGGCACUGUGUUAUUUUGCAAAAAUUACAAGGUAAAAGUGGCAGCUGAAAAAAAUUUACCAUCGAGCCGCAUAUUUCACGUAAAAACAUGUUAAUGGAGUUGAACUGUAAAAGAAAAACCAAGAAUAAAGUACUAGUAAGACACAACUUUUAAUUACCAAACCAUAUAAAAAAUCAUCUUUCAAUCAUGAUCUGUGUCCAACAUUGUUAUCCGCAAAUAUUCCAUUGCACAAACUACAGAAUGAAACAUUUAAAAUUUUUCUGGAGAAAUAUACGAAUAAAUUAAUUCCCGAUAAAUCAACUUUAAGAAAAAUCUAUGUUUUUCAGUGUUACCAGGAAACUAAAGAUAAAAUCAGAUCUUAUAUAGAAAAUAUGAAAAUUUGGAUAACUUUAGAUGAAACUACGAACGCCGAAAGGCGUUAUGUAGAAAAUAUUGUUUCGGGAACUUUGGAGUUGAAUGGCCUCGGAAAACAUUUUUUAAUAAAUACUGAAGUCUUAGAAAAAGUAAAUCAUAGUACAAUUUCAAAAUUUUUCGAUAGAUCACUUCAAAGUAUUUGGCCAAAUGGUAUAAAAUACGAUCUUGUAUUACUUUUAUUAAGUGAUGCUGCAUAAUAUAUGGUCAAAGCAGGUAAAACCAUCAAGGUAUUUUAAUCAAAAAUGGAACAUGUAACCUGCUUGGCUCAUGCUUUAUGUAGGGUUGCGGAAAAAAUCAGAAAACAUUUUCCAAAAGUCAACCAACUUAUUUCAAACUGCAAAACCAUUUUUUGAAGGCUCCUUCCAGAGUAUAAAUGUUUAAAGAAGUAGCACCGAAUAUUCCAUUACCCCCACAACCUGUUUUAACUAGGUGGGGGACAUGGUUAACGGCAGCCUUUUAUUAUUGUGAACGUUUUGGUGUAGUUAAAAAUAUAAUUAUGAAACUGGAAAAUGAAGCAACCUCCAUUGAAAAUGUAAUUGAUUUAAUAACUGAUCCAGAGAUAGAGUUAAAUUAAAUCAAACUUUGGAUCGCUACUAAAUUCAAUAACAAAAUUAGAAUCAUCAAACACAUGCCUUGCUGAUGUUAUACUAGUUGUAGAAGAAAAAAAUAUAAUUCAUCAAGCACAAAAUAUAGUUAGACUCAAAAUUCAAAAUAAAUUCAAAGGUGUUUUAGAAAAAAAUAGUGGUUAUAAAAAUUUGCAAAUUAUUUCAAAAAUUUCAGAAUGACAAGAAGUUGCAAAAAAAGCCUUGCCAGAAGAUUUGAAUAUAGAUGAUAUCACUUUUUUCAAGUAUGCGCCAAUUACAUCUGUGGAAGUGGAAAGAAGUAUUUCUACCUAAAAAACUUUAAUCGGAC